AUGGAUAAAACCCUGUGUGAACAGUUUGAUACAUUGAGAAGCUCUUUUCCCGAUGACUUAGACAAGUCUACAAAUUUAAAUUUUAAAAACUUAGGGAAUUUUAUGAAUUAUUGCUUUAAUGGAGAAUCAAAGGAAACAGAAUGUAAGACUUAUCUUGAUAAUAUAAAUGCUGGUUGUUUAUGGUUGCUUGAUCAAUUGUUUGUGAAAAAAAAAAAAAAAAAUAUCAAUACUUUUCAAUACAUUAUCAUAUGGUUAAGUUAUAAACUAAAUCAAAAGAAGUAUGACGGAAUCAAGGAUCUAAAUGAUUUUUACAAUAAAUAUAUAGAAAAUAAUACGCAUUAUACUAGUUGUAAUAAUGAUAGUGAAGAUUGUAGUAAGCAAUUACAAGAUAAUACGGGAUAUCCAAAUUAUAAGGAAAUCAUAAAUGGAAGAAAGAGAUUGUUGAGUACUAAUAUUGAAAAGAUGUCUAAAAUUUAUGAUGCAUUUAAACCAUUAUGUAAAAUGUAUACUGGACUUAAUGCAAACGAAAAAACAAAUAAGAAUUAUUUAGAUUGUGCUAGUAAAUUUGUUGAAAAAUAUAAUGAACUUAAUGUUUCUGAUAUUGAUAAUGAUAGUCCUUAUCAUCAAGUAUUGUCUACAUUAUUAAAUGAUUAUAAUAAUUUUAAAAGUUAUUGUGAUACUAAUGGCGUUGAUUGUAAUGAUAUUCCAUCCCUCGUCCCGACAGAAAGAGAAGGGAAUGAUAUGCAAAGUUCUGAAGAAAUUUGUUAUGUUACACCACCAAGUUUGUCGAUAGUAAAAAAAUUAAUUCUAGCUUUAUUAAUAUUCAGUACAAUAUCAAUCUUUUUGGGAAUUUUUUUUAAGUGUUCGUUAUUUGUAUUACGGAAAAGAGCUCAAAAAGAAUAUUUAAGAGAAAAACUAAAAAAUAUAAAGAAGAGAAUGAAUCAUUAA